AAUUAAAGCAAAAUGGACAAAUAUUCGCCGAACCAAAAACUAAAAGUAAGAUUAAGCCCGAAAAAUUCGGUCAAACUAUAUCUCCGUAUCUUACCCGCUAAGCAUUUGCUUCAAAGCUAAAACCCUCUAGAGACACUCCAAAAUCUCAGGAACACAUCAUCCAUAUAAAGAGUUUUAACAAAAUUGGAAGAAGGAGAAGAGGAGAGUUGAAAGGAAUCCGGAAGGAUGUGUUUGGUGUUCGUGUGCGACGAGGACGAGAGAGUGAUCGGUCGGCACGAGGCUCCGGGGGCGGUUCAGGCGGUGGACGUGGAAACACAGUGGAGGCUCUGCUUCGUCCCUCUAUACUUCAAAUCCAAGCGACGCCAUAUCUGCUCCAUCUGCGGCAGACGUCUCGUCGUCCGUUACUGAAACCGAUCCCCAAGUCUAGGACCAACAAACAAACAAGUGCUGUUUGAUUUGAUGCUGUGCUUUGAUUCGGGUUCUGUUCCCGGUGCUCUGACUUUCUGGCUUGCCGUUUGUAUAUAUGUUAAGGGUGUAGGAUUGUGUUUUCUCUUUUGGGUUUCUCUCGCUGUUUGUGUGGAUCUGAUUGCUGAUAGAGAUACCAAGGGUUUUUGGAAUUAUCACUUGAGGUUUGUGUAUAAGUUUGG